GGCGCGUGUGUGUGUGCUCAAAUACCUAGGUAUUUGGUGUGCUCUGUAACUCAGACAGUUCAGUCUUCAUCGGUCACAGCAACUUCGUGUCUCACUGUUUCAGUUUGAACAUUUAAAUUAAAAAAUACAUAUUAUAUAACAAUUCUUUAAAAAAAAAUACUAAUUUUCCCAGUCACAACACUCAUUGAUUCCAAAUGGACAGCGCAGUAACAACAGUGAGGUAUGAAGAUUAUGUCGAGUAUUUUCUAUUCGUACGAUCGGACGAUAGUGAGGAUGAUGCCGAAGAACUGGUGAAACACAUAAACCAUUUGAACACUAAGGCAUUGGAGUUGGUUGACCGGCUGUCCGAAGAGUAUAUAUGGCAUAAGGACAGGUUCAAUUUGAUACCACGGUUUUGUCCAUCAGCUGAACUACGACAGUCAUUCUCCGAUACUUCAGAUGAAGUUUUACCACCACAUUUGUAUGGUGUAACCCACUAUGGUGAUAACAUUGAGGACGAAUGGUUCAUUGUAUACUUGCUGAAAGAGAUCACAAAGGAGUAUCCUGAACUGGUUGCUCGUGUCGUAGAUUCAGACGGAGAAUUUCUAUUGAUAGAGGCUGCAGAGUGUUUACCAAAUUGGGCGAAUCCUGACAACUGCGACCAGAGGGUCUACAUAAGUGACGGCGAUGUUCAUAUUAUCCCGUUAGUUAGUUCAAAUAGUAGAAAAUCAAUUACUGUUUCACAAGCAUUGGAACAGAUCACCAAGUAUCCUACUGCCACUAUAGCUACACAAGAAGUCAACUCUGCAAUAUCAUCGCGCUUGCACGGUUACCCAGGAAAAAUUAAAGAAAAUCUCCAUUGCUGUCAUGCUUAUUUACCUGUAGGUGUAGCAUACUUAUUAAAACAUCAACCUAGUCUAAUAGCACCAGCUGUUUUAGCAUUUUGUCAUAGAGAUAUGUUGGACAUUAAAGCAUGCCAAACAAUGAAAAAUUUUUCUCCUAAAGAUAGAGUAAUGUGUGCUGUGACCAUGACCAAAUGUUUGUAUGCUAUGCUUAUUCAACAAAAAUACGUUCCUGAAAAGAGGACGGGUUGGGAUUUAGUUGAACCAUCAGAUUCGCGCCACAAAGCACAAAUUACAGGAAUAAGAAUCGCUUGUGGAUUUGAAAUAUUAGUCAGUCAAGCAAAAUCAACUGUCAAUGACACGCCUGUGGAUUUGACCUAUGACAAACGUUGGCAUCAUUACAAAUCUUCUUUGGCAGACAAAGGAUAUUUUAAAAAUUUAUAUGAAGGUUCAAAUGGAUACAAACUAUUAGAAGAUCAAGCUAAGCAAUAUUACCUAUCAAAUGUAGAUGAAUAUUUAUCAUCUCCAUCAAUUAGUCAAAGAAUUAAAAAUAUCUUAGAUGGUGUUACUGAACAAGAAUUAACACAGCUGAAAAAUAGUACUUCAGAUCUAAAACCAGCUGAUGAUGAAAAGUGGUUAGAUGUAUCACCAUCCGAUUUAGAUCGUAUUCUUGAACAAAAGUUUGGAUUAAAAAAUUCUGAACAAUCUUCAGCAUCAAAUUUUGCUUCUUCUUUUACUGAUAAGAUUAGAAGCUUUUUGAACCAAGCAUCUGAUAUUAAUGGAGCAGAUUUUUCUAAAAAUCAUCUCAGCGAUGAUUCAGAUGAUUCAGAUGGUGAAGAUAAACCUGAUGAUAAUAAACUUUCUAACUUAUUAGUUUGUGGACCAGAUGUAAUGCGUCCGACAAAUGAUGAUAAAGAUGCGGUAAAUGUUAGAUACAAUAAAAAGAAAAAGAAAAUAAAUGAAAAAAGUGGUGUAAAUUUUGAACCUGAAAAAUAUGAAGCUGCACUCAGAAGUAUUUUAGAUUUUAAAAUUCCUGAAGACAAUUGGGAUGAGUCAAACAGUUCUGACAUGGAUUCAUAUGGCAGUGAUUGUGAUGACACAAUGUCAGGAAGUCAGGCUGGUCCUAGCCUAUCUAGUUAUAUGGCUCAAAUGGAUAAAGAACUUGCAUCUACAUCUUUAGGGAGUAGUUUUGUAAAAAAAUCUAAAAAUGAUACCAACAAACUAAAAAAAACUGUUAGAAUAGACCCUACAGCCCAAUGUCAAGACAGCGAAGAAGAUAAUUUCUCAGACGUGGAAGAUUUUGAACCUGUUGACAUAGAUGUUAACGCUUUUCAACACAUUCUCAAAUCGUAUCAAGAACAGCUUGGUUUACCAGGACCUGCUGGCAACCUUUUAGGGCCAGCUGGUCUGAAUUUAGGCCAAGAUACUUCCAAAUAAGUUUUUUAAUUUUAAUCUACAAAUCACAUUCUUAUCUUUUAAUAUACAAUUUUUUUUUACACACACAUAUAUAUAUAUAUAUAUAUAUAUAAUUUACUAUUUAGUUUUUACGAAUUAAAUAAUUCCUUGUAUUUUAAUAUAUCUUUUAAUUUAGGCUAAUGUUUCUUUAUAAUUAAAUUUUGAAUUACAAAAAAAAAUCAAUUUUUUGAUGUCAUAUAGGUAAUGAAUGUCUUUAAAAAAAAUCUAUGACAAUAUUUAUUUAUUCUAGUCGUGAUUUGUUUCAUCAUAAUUAUGUAUAAAUAAAAUCUUGAACUAUUUCUAUAUGAUGUCUCCAAUUUGUUUUACAUUUAAAUAAAUCACUCUUUGAAUUA